UAAAAAUACAUGCAACUCUGACUGAGGUGCUGGCCUUGUCAUGCUUGUGAUCUGGUGGCUGACUUCAUAACAGAGUAGCCUUGGACAGUGCAAAUCCAGAUUACAGAUCACAGGAAAUAAUAAGAAGUCCCAUUCAUUUCAAUUGAUUGGGAAGAGUGUAUUGCGCAAUGACAGGUAGCUAUGAAGGCAUAUUGAGCGUCAGUGACAUGAGUGAAUUCCCAGCCUGUCUAUGAAAGUAUUGUUGCUGUCAGCCCUAAAGACAUGCACAGGAAACUGCUGCACUGCUCAGCGAAUAAGCGAUUAUCUUCAAGAAGCUGGUCAUGACAGCCUGCUAGCAGACAAUGAUGCCUUUAGCAGCUCCUCAGAAUUCAAUCAGCAUAUUGCCAAGAUGGGAGCAGACUGUGUGCUAGCCAUUCAUGCCUACCGCAGUGGCAGGCUACUGCUAGAAUGCCCUGUGCCAUACUCCAUCGUGUUUGGUGGCACCGAUGUCAAUGAGCAUCACAGGAACCAUGACAGAUUGGUCACCAUGACAGCAGCUGUCGCAAAAGCAAGAUUUCUAGUGAGUUUCAAUAAGCCCAUGCGUGAUCAGGCCCUUGCAUUAUGGCCCGAUAUCGAUAGUAAACUGCAUAUCCAGCCUCAAGGAAUUGUAACCUCUCCCUCCAGCCGUUUUGAUUUUCACCAACACCUUCAAGCAACUUGUGGUAUUCCUAAAGACAGCAGUGUGUUCCUCCUGGUGGCUGGUUUGAGACUGGUCAAGGAUCCGUUGUAUCUAGUCCACAAAUUUUCAGAAUGGCACUUGAAGCAUGGAGAUGUAUACUUGGUGAUAGUGGGCCCCAGUCUGGACCAACAGUUCACAGAAAAGGUCAAAACAACUGUUAAAAGGCUUCCAGGGGUCGAGAUCCUAGACCCUCUAUCACAAGGGGACUGUCACAAAGCUAUGCAGGACAGCACAGCAUUGGUGAACUCGUCACUGAGUGAGGGCAUGUCGACAGCUAUCUUGGAGGCCAUGGAUCUAUGUGUGCCAGUCGUAGCACGUAGCAUACCUGGUAACCGGACCCUCAUCACACAUGGACAGACUGGACUGCUCUACGAAACCCCACAGGAAUUCAUCAGAUUGGCUGAUAAUCUACUGGCAUCACCGGACCAGCGAGCUGCAAUCACUAGGCAGGCCAAGGAAUUUGUGGACGCCCACCAUUCACCUCAAGACGAGAGAUGCACCUAUGUCAGCCUUGUCAAAGGGAUGGUGUCAGACCAAUGGUCUGCUGCUGGUCAGGACAGAUCCACAUGAGGUCCACAGAUCCACCAGAACUACUCACCGAGACCACCCCAGGCCAGCAUUUUUUGAUGUGUUGGAAUACUGAUGCGCUGGCUCUGAGUGAAACAGUUUUAGAAAACUGUAUCAGUUUAUUGUACUAUCUGACUCGUUUUCACAAUGUGGAACCUAUGCAAAGUUUCUCAAUCAGAGACUCUCUCAAGGCAGUGUUUAACAUAAAUCCCCCUUACCUUUAGAAAAUUGUAAAUCUGGUAGAAAUGGAGUCACAGUGAGUCACACAAAAGAGAGUUGACUGCAUGGGGCUUCUCUGAUUUUCCACAGGGAAGUGGCAGUGAUGUUGAAAAAUCCACUAAAAAUAAUAACCAAAGAAAUUUCAGGCAGAGUGAUUUUGGGCAUGUUUCCUGGAAUAUGUAACAUUUUGCAGUGAGCAGAUGGACAAGGAAAGAAGUGGGUACAGUGGUUUGCUUCCUCUACCCACCCACUCACUCUGUCUGUCCUUCUGUUUCCAAACCACCUGUGCUACAUUUCUGUAGUCUUUAUUGAAUUUUGCUCAGAACUGUUUUGUGGAAUAAUCCUUGAUUACUAGUGGAUUCAUAUAGGGGCAAAACUUGUCUUUUUUUCAAAAUGUUAAAAAUUCUUAUUUUUAUAGCUUUUUUUGGGGGGGGGGGAAUAUUAUAAUAUUCAAGUUUCCUCUUUUCUCCGCUGCAGCUGUUAUUUCAUGAGUGUGAGAAUUAAGCUUUUUAGCUGAUUCCAGUAUUUUUUGUUCAGAUGUCGACCCUGAAUUUCAGCUUUUUGGUGCACCUGGUCUGUACAAAAGUAUGGGAACUUUUUACAUUUCAGCUUUUUGCUAGCAGUUUUCAGCUUAAUUGAAAGUGGCCACUCAAAGCCCCGUAUUUGAUAACAGUUUGGACAAAUUGUUACACCUAUGAGCAAAUGUACAGUAGGCCCUGUCCAUCUAUUUGGCUUUCACCUUCAUUUCAGACACCCCCCUUUCUGACAUGGAUGGGUUCAUCAGUGUGUAUCCUUCUAAAUACAGUGCUGUGCAGAAACCCAGUUGACCAUUCUUUGGUCUAAAACAUGGAAAGUAAUGUUGGCCAGGCUUCUUCCUCAAUCCCACAAAAUCCUGCAAAAUCUUUUUGAUUUUGAAGGAUCUGAAGGUAUUGACUUAAUUGACCAGUGAAAUGGCUCCUUUUUGGCAAUUUUAACACGAGCUAAAAAAACCCCAAACAUUUAAGUAAUCCAGCUUGCAAUAUUAAUUAUGUGACUUAUUUCAAGUGGAAAACAAAUCAAACAAAUUCUUUCAAGUCAUUCUACAUUAUCUGAACAUCUUGCAAUGCGAUUUCUAAUUUUCUUUUAAUUUUUUUAAGCUAGCAGCUUCACAUUCAGACAGACAAAGUUUCUGACACCAGUGGCAAUAUUUAAUUACAUUCUUGCAUUCACUAUGUGUACGAGUUGCAGUGUAGAUUUCUUGGACUUUUUCAGAGUAAUGCUAUGGCAUGUUGACAUCAAUCUUUUGCAGAAUGACUCAUUUGCAAAUUUUAUCAACUUACUGAUAAAUAAUUAAUCUUUGUGAACUUCUAGACUUGAUAUAUCUACUUAAAGUGCCUUGAGCUACCUACCACGCUGUUGUAGACUGGGAGUUUUAUCUAUUUAAAAUCUGGCAAAUUUUUGUUUUUAUGUUGUUCAAUUAUUUGAUCUGAACUCUUACCAAAAGGCUUAAAUCCUUUGAUUUCAAUCAUGAGUCAGAUUUGCACAUGACAAUGGCAGUAUUAUGAAUCUCUAAUAAAUCACGGUCAUAACUCA